CGCCCCCUCAGCUGAGGCGCGUCUCGUCGCUCCCCGACCCGCGUCCUUCGCCCUCUCCCCUCCCCAGCCCUCCUCUUCCCCCUCUUCCUCCUCCUCCUCCUCCCGCGUCUCCAGGCUUGGGCCUGGGUAGAAGAUGGAUGUCGAUGUCGGUGCUGUUGGAGAUAGCACCCGAAGAAAAAUGGAUGCUCUAUCAGACGGUGCGGCUGAGAUCGUUCCAUUGGAACUCUAUGAUUCUUCUCGAGCAAAAAUAGCGGCGAAUCUACAAUGGAUCUGUGCUAAAGCCUAUGGAAUAGAUAACAUCCCAGAGGAGCUGAAGGACCCGUUCUACACAGACCAGUAUGAGCAAGAACAUAUUAAGCCACCUGUCAUCAAGCUGUUGCUGUCCAGCGAGCUCUACUGCCGUGUCUGCAGCCUCAUUCUGAAAGGUGAUCAGGUGGCCGCUCUUCAGGGACACCAGUCAGUCAUCCAGGCUCUGUCUCGGAAAGGGAUUUACGUCAUGGAGAGCGAUGAUACACCCGUGUCUGAAUCGGAUCUCAGCAGUGCGCCUAUCAAAAUGAGCCCUCACAUGGCAAUGAUCGAUGCGCUCAUGAUGGCCUACACGGUGGAAAUGAUCAGCAUUGAAAAAGUGGUGGCGAGCGUCAAACGUUUCUCUACGUUUAGUGCCUCAAAGGAACUGCCCUAUGAUCUGGAGGAUGCAAUGAUAUUCUGGAUUAAUAAGGUGAACCUAAAAAUGAGAGAGAUAACAGAAAAAGAGAUCAAAUUAAAGCAGCAAUUGCUGGAAAGUCCCGGUCACCAAAAGUCUCCUUCCAAAUGGUAUUGGAAAUUAGUACCUGUCCGCUAUCGCCGAGAUCACCUUUCCAGUCGGCAGCUGCCCUUUUUCCCGUUGCUUGAAGACCUGAUGAAGGACUGCAGCGAUGGAGCUGCCUUACUGGCUGUCAUCCACUAUUAUUGUCCGGAGCAAAUGAAGCUCGAUGAGAUCUGCUUGAAAGAGGUAACGUCGAUUGCAGACAGCAUCUAUAACAUCCAGCUGCUCCGGGAAUUCUCCAACGAAUACCUAAGCAAGUGCUUUUAUCUCACCUUGGAGGACAUGCUUUAUGCACCUUUGGUUUUAAAGCCCAACGUCAUGGUCUUCAUUGCCGAAUUGUUCUGGUGGUUCGAGAACGUGAAGCCCGACUUCGUGCAGCCCAGAGACUUCCAAGAAGUGAAAGAUGCGAAAACCAUGUUGCAGCAGAAGAGCAGCAGCAGCCGCCCGCCGGUGCCCAUCUCGAACGCAACCAAGCGGAGCUUCAUGGCUAGUCCCACCGCUCCUGCCUCCGCUGAGGUGCAGCCGCCAGCUCAGCUCCCUCUGGAGACUUGCAACAGUGGGAAAGGAAGCCCUGCCUUCAGCCCGUCCCAUCCAUUGCUGCCUUUGAGACAGAAACAGCAGAAGUCUCUGCAAGGGGAAGACAGUUCAGAUCAGCGGCAUCGUUCGAAUUCGUUGACCAGAGUGGAUGGGCAGCCCCGGGAUUCCAUUCUUGCCUGGCCAGAGAAGAAACAAAGGCCUCUGUCUCAACCGACGCCAUUUGCUCUUCAUCAAGCCGCCAGCAGCGAUGCAGACCCCAGUUCCGGCGACAGCAUUAGCUUAGCAAGGUCCAUCAGCAAAGACAGCCUAGCGUCCAACAUCAUCAACGUCACUCCGAAGCAGCAGCCCCCGCCUGCGCUUGUGAAAAGCCACGGGAAGAGCUUGUUGAACAACGUUGAGAUCGAGGAUGAGGACGAAGAACUGAUGGCGAUCAUCCACCCCGAGGCCUCACCGAACCACGGGAACCUUGAACUUCAGAGUGUGCCGGUUCGAUCUCCUGGCGUAGUUGUGACUGCGUGGGCUCAAAAGCCGCAAGGCGGCGAGGCCUCGGAGAGCAAGCCAGAGAGCUUUUUCCUUGAGCCCUUAAUGCCCGCUGUCCUGCGGCCAGCAAAGGAAAAACAAAUAAUCAACAAAGAGGAUGAAUGUGGAGAAGGGAAGACGAGAGGUUUCGUAACAAAAAGACUGAGUGAGGGGCAUGCGUCCUUAGCCCGUAAAAAAGUCAAUAGCAAUCAUGCCGAUCAUAACCUUAAUAGGACUUUUAAUGUGGCUUCGAGUUCUGAAGUCAUGAUGGCGGGCGCUAGCACAGCAGAUCCGACAGUACACUCCGAAGUCCAAGUCGAACCCUUUCAUCCCCAAGCAACUAGCAGUUUAGAGCCUUCAUCGAGGGAGCAGUCUUUUGGGGGAUUCUUCCUCCAUGCUGCCAAAGCAGAAGAGGAUGCGACGCGUGGCACCGUCAGCUAUGCGAAAAGUCCCAGUUCCCACAUUGCGGAGACCUCGUGGACGAUGAUCCGGCAAGAUUCCGACUCAGACAUUCUAGACAUGGAGGAAGCCGAACAAGAUUUAGUGGCAGAUGACCACCCGAUCAUCGCCAAGUAUAUUGGAGAAGAGGAGUCUGCAAAGCUGCAGGAAGACCUGAAGGUCCGGGAGCACGAAGACAAGGAUGAUGCCAGUGGACGUUCCAGUCCAUGCCUGAGUACUAUUUCCCAGGUGAGCAGUGUGUCCAUGACCAGUGGGAGCGCCAGGAUGACCAGCUUUGCUGAACGGAAGCUUCAGAGGCUGAACAGCUACGAAACCAAAUCGAGCACGAGCAGUUCCCAGAAGACGACACCGGACGGGUCGGAGUGUUGCCCAGCCCCGCUGACCACGUGGAAGCAGAAGAGGGAGCAAAGUCCCAACAGGCAGAGCAAAGACAACGUGAACGUCUUGGCUUCCGAGCUGGUGCAGCUUCACAUGCAGUUGGAGGAGAAGCGGAGAGCCAUCGAGGCUCAGAAGAAGAAGAUGGAGGCACUCUCUGCCCGGCAGCGGUUGAAACUGGGCAAGGCGGCGUUCUUGCACGUGGUGAAGAAAGGGAAAGGGGCCGAUGUCUCUCAGCCACUUAAGCCAGAGCACUUCACGAAAGAAUACUCGAGGCACAACGGGGAAGGCUUGGAGGACACGGCUUUGAACUCGAAAUCGGAGGCGUUCCUCCUGAAAGAAGGGGGUGAAGACACGCUAGAUGAUGCCCAUGAAACACCCAAGGUGAAGAUCCAAGAAACAGUCGCUUUUGCUGAGCAGCACAAUCCAAAGGAGCCCACUAUUCAUGAAAUAGAGAAAAGCAAGAUGAUUUCGGCUGCCCUUUUGGAAGAGAGCAUCGAAACGCCCGAUAUCAAUGAAUGUGACCUUUCCAUUGAAAAACUCAACGAAACCAUCAGUACCCUCCAACAGGCGAUCCUGAAGAUUUCUCAGCAGCAAGAGCUUCUUAUGAAAGCACCAACGGUGCCUUCGAGAGGCAGCUCCCAGGAGCAAAAGAUCAGGGCACCGGUUCAUUUUGUUGAGCCCCUCUCUCCGACAGGCACCAGCAGCCUUCGGAAACCCCCCCGGCUUGGUCAAGGGCGAAAUUCCCGCUCGGGGCGACCGUCUGAGCUGAAAGUCGCGAAGGACAGGCAGCAAACCAUGCCGCGUAUCAAAACCCCCACUCCCAGUGUCGACACCUUGCCGCACCUAAGACAAUUUCCAUCAAACAAUUCCUCCAAGACGCCAACCGAAAUUGCUCUUGACAAUAAUUCAGACCAGGGGGGCACCCCUCAGGAGAAGCUUUUCUUUGACAGCUACGGGCUCCGGGACGAGAGCAAUCAGCGGGCCGGAUUUGUCCUGUCCGUUUCCAAAGACGCAAAUAUCCUCUCCGAAGCGAUGAAAGAUGUGAAUAGUAACCUGGAAGAUUUUAACCCCACUUCCUUUGACGGCUCAGGAAAAGAGAACGUCCCAACGGAGGAACCCCUGAGAAGCAAAACUAGCCUCAUUGAAGUAGACCUGUCCGACUUAAAAGCCCCAGAUCACGACGGGGAGGUUGAAAGCCAGGGCAGCUCCACCGACUUGAUCAGUGAAGUUGACCAGAAGUCCGGAGUCGGGUUUUUCUUUAAGGAUGAACAGAAAGCAGAAGAUGAGCUUGCGAAGAAACGCGCCGCCUUCCUCUUAAAGCAACAGCGCAAAGCUGAAGAGACGCGGCUUCGGAAAGUGCAGCUCGAGGCAGAGGUUGAACAAAAGAGAGAUGAAGCCCGCCGUAAAGCCGAAGAAGACCGGAUACGCAAGGAGGAAGAGAAAGCCCGGAGAGAACUCAUCAAGCAGGAAUAUCUGAGGAGGAAGCAGCAGCAGAUUUUGGAGGAGCAAGGCCUGGGGAAGCCCAAACCCAAGCCCAAGAAACCCCGGCCCAAAUCGGUCCAUCGUGAGGAGUCCUACAGUGACUCGGGGACCAAGUGCUCUUCCACCCCCGAUAACCUCAGCAGUGCUCAGUCUGGUUCCAGCCUGUCGUUGGCGUCCGCAGCCACCACGGAGCCCGAAAGCGUCCAUUCCGGCGGCACACCUUCACAGCGAGUGGAAUCGAUGGAAUCCUUACCAAUCUUGAGCAGGAACCAGAGUCGAAACAUGGAGAGGGACUGGGAGAACACCUCCACAGCUUCUUCCAUUGCUUCGGUGGCAGAGUAUACUGGCCCAAAGCUCUUUAAAGAGCCCAGCAGCAAAUCCAACAAGCCGAUCAUCCACAACGCCAUCUCCCACUGCUGUCUGGCUGGGAAAGUGAACGAGCCCCACAAGAAUUCCAUCUUGGAGGAGCUGGAGAAGUGCGACGCCAACCACUACAUCAUCUUGUUCCGCGACGCCGGCUGCCAAUUCAGAGCACUUUACUGCUACCACCCCGACGCGGAAGAGAUCUACAAGCUGACCGGGACGGGGCCAAAGAGCAUCACCAAGAAGAUGAUUGACAAGCUGUACAAGUACAGCUCGGACAGGAAGCAGUUCAACCUGAUCCCCGCCAAAACCAUGUCGGUCAGCGUCGACGCCCUGACCAUCCACAACCACCUGUGGCAGCCCAAACGACCCGCAGUGCCAAAGAAGACUCAGACUCGCAAAUGACACUCAGUUUUUUCCGUGGGAGACGGUGGUGGAGAUAGCAUUGUUGGGGGGCAUUGACUCUUCCCCUCAGCUCUUGUUGGGGUGUGAGACGUGCAGAACCAUAAACACUUUUUUUUUUUAAGGAGAGAGGCUUCUAAACAUGGAUGCAAGGAAAGAAUGAACAACUUCAGUGUUCUCUCGCUCGCUCUCUCUCUCUCUUUUGGUAUGAAUGAUCAAACGGCUGUUACAUCCAUUGCUAACUACAGAGGCUUUUCACGUGAGGGAAGGUGCAUGUAGCAAGAUCGUAAGCGGUGGAUUUCCUUUUACUUGAAGUUCUUAAUUGGUACAAAUUGGGACAUCCUUUUCCUUCUGAUUUCCUGUGUCCCCCCCACCCCAGAAUCACUUGGAGAAGUUAGCACAGGCUGCACUUCAGGAGAAGGACAGAGAACCAGGCUGUGUGGGGUAGACUUUUGAGGAAUCGUCUUCAGGAAAAGAUUCAACUUUCCUCUGAAACUCUUGACGACUCAAUCACAUACGUAACCAUUGGUACUGUACCUACUGCCCAAUGACCAGCUCAGCUCUGACUUCUGGAGGAAGAAGAAGAAUCCAGCCCAGGCUGCUUGGAACAAAGUUUACCUACAGUAUCGGUUCUUUAUAAGCACUGAAAGAUGUAAAAUCUCUCUCUCUCUCUCUCUCUUUUUUAAAAAAUUGAAACGGAGGACUUAUGCAAAUUAUUAUGGCUGAACAUUUCUGCAACACAAUCAUGAAGAGGCGAGCUGGUGCUCCUGGCUGGAAUAUUCCCAAUCUGAAACUUGAGGCACUCUGGAUGGAGUACAGUCAACAUUGAUUUUCUGUUUCAAGUAGUAUCCUAACGGUCCCCCCCCCCCACCUUGAUUAAAAAGACUGAUUCUAGUAAUAGUGGGACGUUUUCACUCAGAGCACGUUACUCCUGUAUAAUGGUGCACUUAACGAUCACAAAUUCUAAUGCUUUUUUAAAUCAUGUCCUGAAAUGUAAUUCUAACCUUAAUCCUGUCCUGUUUUUUCUUCUUCUUUUCUUUUCUUUUCCUUUCCUUUCCUUUUCUUUCUUUCUUUUUUGCUGGAUGAGCAGCAUGCUCUAAAAUGGAGUGUGUGUUCUUUUUAGUUCUUCAUUUUUAUUUUUCUCUUAUUUUGGCCGGGGCAGGGAUAUAUACUACUAUAUGAGAAGAAAAGCCAAUUUCCACAUAACUAGCAAUUUUUAAACAGACCUGCAUUUGUUUGGAAAGCUCAAAUAAGUCCAGUGGCUUUGUUUUUCUUUUUUUCUUUUUUCAUCUUGAAAUAUUAAAUCUUGAGUUAUGACCUUAAAGCUGUGUAUUGUUUUUCUCCUGCUUAAAAAGAACCAAUCUCUCUCUGAUAGGGCAAUGAAAGCAUAAGCUGUUCUGAUUUCUAAUCAUGUGUGUCUCUAUUUUUUAAAAAAAUGUUCACUUCCCCUGGAAAAAAGAUCUCUUGUUGAAGUCUGUCAAUUACCAGGCCUUUAGCACAUCUGAACUUUGACUUUACUGCCUGGAGAUGUUAUAGGGUUAUAGCUUUUGGUUUACUUCGUUUACUUCGAAGUAAGUAAACGUUUACUUCUAUUUGAAGUGUUACUUGAAUAUGUUCGAUGUAGUGCAAAGGACGUGAUUCUGACACUAGAGACGAUAGAAGCUGACAUUUUAAAACACAAUCCAGCGUAACUUAUUUAAGGAACAUAAAAUUGAAGUUCGGGUGACCUUUGUAGAGAGGGAGUGAGAAAUAGGGUAUUUAGCGCUAACUAGAGAAAUAAGAAUGAAGGUCUCUUACAAUCUGCUCCGUUCCAUCCCCUUACAGGACUUUUUAAAUAGCUGGGCUGUAAAUUUUGUUUGAUAGUUGGCUACCCUGUACAUAAGGAAAGGCUUUAUUAUUUCUAAAAGUGCUAAGUAUUAAACACUAUCGUGUAAUUUUUUUUUUUUUUUUUUUGUUACAUGCUUUUCAUGCUUUAUUUCUCACUGUUUGAUAUUAUACGACAUAUUUAUUUUAUGGAAGCACUGAAAUGUAAUAAAGAUCAUCGGCUAACUUUUGUUA